AUGGGUAGGCGGACUCGAGAACGAGCCGCCGCUAUUGGGCAAGUCGGCGAGGCUACUGUUAUUGCUCAGGGGGUAAAUGUGAAUCGGGGAAAUGAUAAUGGGAAUAGGCAGAUGCAUCGGCUAGUAGAGCAGUUCUUGAAGUUGAAACCGACAAAGUUCACUGGGAAGGGUGACCCGGAAGCUACACCUCGCUGGAUAGAGGAUCUAGAGAAAGCAUUCGAGGUUUUGGGUUGCACGGAGGAGGAGAAAGUGACCCUGUAUUUUUCUAAGACCGCUCGGGAGCAGAAAAUGUUAGAAUUUCAGCAGCUCCGCCAGAACCAUAUGACGAUAGAUCAGUAUGAAGCUGAAUUCUCGAGAUUGUCGAAGUAUACACCGAGGAUGGUAGAGAAUCCGCUGGAUAGAGCAAGGAGGUUUCGAGACGGAUUGAGGCCGGAGCUUCGCGAUCGCUUGAUCCCGCCGAACCCGAGAGACUAUGACGAGUUGUAUGAGCGGGGUCAAAUGGUGGAACGAGACAUGAAAGAAAGGGCUGCCGCAUCUGGAUCGCGGUUCAUGCCCGUCGGGGACAACCGCCGGUUUGGUAAAAGGCCAAUGAAGGGAAACCGGCGCUUCAUCCCUCCCGUCGGGAGAAAUAACGGGAAAUCGGCGUAUCGGUCUAACUGGAGUUACCAACUUUGUGGAAGGAGGCAUGGGAAUGGACCUUGCCCGAGUAGAACUAGAGCGUGCUUCAAAUGUGGAAAAUUUGAUCAUCAUAUAAGGAAUUGCCCGGAGCUAGCCCCAGAAUAG